AUGGUUUCAGAUGAUUCGAAUGAAUCGUACUUCACAGAUGGUGAAACGACGAUGAAUAUGUCCUUCCAAUCUGCGAUGAGACAAGCCGACCGUGCUGAAGGGAUGACACCUUUCAAAGAAAUACCCGAACAUCUCAUUGAACGGACACAGACUGGAAAGGUCAUAAACGUACGACCGCCGUCACCGAAUAGUCCCACAGCGGCUCUGAAGAUCCGCUUCAAGGAUCUGGAGACUGAACUUGACGCCAAGGAACGUCAGGCGAUUAAGAAGAAACAGGAAUAUCAUGACAGAUUGACGACACUUGAAACCCGAUUGUAUGAAUUGGAACAACAACAGAGCGACUUGGAGAGCGCUGCGGACGAAUGGAAAAUCAAGUAUGAACGACAAAAAGAGAUUGCGGAUGAGUACCUGAAGAUUGCAGACGACAGAGAAAUGGAAGAAGUUACCCAACCGUUGUCGAAACUAGCAGCUGAAACGUUUAAGCUCAGGAAUGACCUGAAGUUGCGUGACGAAGCUAAUACCCUACAGAAUGAAUCGAAAGGUCACCAGAAACGCGCUGACGAAGCGGAAAACAAACGAGAGGAAGCAGCCAAAGUAGCACGGGACCUGAGAGACCUUGUCGCCACCGAGGGAAAACGACUCAAGAAUGAGAUUAAAAAGGUCACUGAAGAGAAUAAAAACGUCAGCGAAGACUUCCAAAAAGCCACAAAGGAAAGUCUUAAGUGGCAAAACGAAGCACGCCGAUUAGAUACAAUGCUCACGGUAUCGGAACUGAAAGAGAAAGAAUGGCAACAACAGAUAGCCCAACAGAAACAGGAAAACAUAAAGGUCACCAAUGAACUUUAUGAAAUGACAAGAACAGUGAUGAAUAAAGACGAUGAAGUGACCGAAGUAAGGACUCAGCUGAAAUCGGCCGCUGAGGAAUACCAGAAACUUGAGCGAGAAGUGACUCAACUGGCCGAACACAUCAACAAGAUGGAACAGGAAAAUGAAAAGGUCAUGAAGGAAAAAACUUUCCAAUUACAUGACCAUACGCAGAAGGUUAAACAGGAAAACACCGAAUUGAGGAGAGAGAGGGAUGAGCUCACCCUAAGGAACAGACGCCUGGAGGACGAGAACAAAGCACUUCAAACGUCAGUCAAAUAUAAAGACGAACAACUCCUGCAAUAUGGAGUGAAGACGGCAACAGUGGAGUCACCCCCGCCCAGUUAUAGUAAGGCACACGAAACGGGCAAAAGCUUCCACUUUGAAAUGCCGCUGCGAACUGGCACCGGUAAAGGAAGCAUUAAAACGGAGCGAAAUGGCGAAAAGGUCAAUGAGGAAAAAGAGCAGUUGUCGGAAGGCUACCCGCAUAGGAGUCGAGAUGACCCUUCACAGUUUCCCCCACACAUCGAAACAAACGUCUUUAUCGAUGAAGGACGACGAGAUAGACCGUCGAGUCGCCAAGAGCGCCCAAGAAAGUCCCGCUAUGCGAAGGCGAAACGAAAUCCAGAUGAGGAAGAAGGUAGCGAAGAAGAGGAAGACCCGAGAGGAGGUUUUGCAUUGGCAAAAGCACUUAACUCCAUGGCCCGGAAAACGCCACUGUGA